CGUUGGUAAACAACCAGCAGGCCUGCUGCUGAUUUUCAAAUUGCCAUUUAAUUACUUGAAUUCUAUAAAAAAAAAAAUAACCAUCAGUGACGGAAUAAAGUGCAAGUUUUCAAACAAAAGGAGUUGAAUUCAUCUGGACUUGUAUCGAAAUUAAUGCUGUGCAUACUGAGUGAAUUUCUAACCUAAAAUUCUGACAACUGUAUAAAUGAUUGAAUGAAGUUUAUGUACAAUGAUUGAUCUUGAAACAUCAGAGCCAGUGAACCCGGACAUGAGAAAUACCUCAUCACGACUAGUGAUACAUAAACGUAGAUCUUCAAUUUUUCAACGAAGAUCUAUAAAUCCCCGUCAGCAAGAUUACGACGAGACAAUUAGCGAAAAAGAAAAAUCCACCAAUUCGAAGAUAGUACCUCUCGAUGAACCUCAAGAAAAAAUUUUUGACUUGAGUGAAUACAUAUCCUCACUGCUAGAUGAGCAACGUGCGUGGAAGAAGACCUUGAACGAGAGAAAAUUCCGUCGCAAAUGUCUGACGAAAGAGGAGGCCCGAGUUCGUGAAGGUGUUGAAUUUGAUCUCAGUCCCCUGACAGAUCGAGAAAAGAUUUUUAUAUCAGAGCGUCCAAAGUACGAAGCCAUCUCAGAGAAUAUGCAGAAUUUGUUGAAAGUAGCAGUCAAUAUAUCAAUGGUGAAUAUCCAAGUGAAUCGCAUGCACAAAACGAUGGCUGAGACAUUGAACAAGGAGAUUUCCAGAGCCAAAACCCAGUUAAUCGAUCUGUCUGGUGUGUAAGAAUUCUGAAUACUCAAUUUGUGUUAUAUUUUUAAAAAUAAGAAAUAAUAAAAAUGCAAUAUUACAGUCA